GGCAGCUACACCUCCCCAUCUCUCUGGGUAAAAUCAAAUGUAUAAAAAGCCUAACAUUGCUGUGGUUGGUCGGGUCUCUGGUCCAGUCUAAGUAAUCCAGUGAAUUUGUGAGAAGUGAAUUCAAAAUGACCAGGCUCACAAUUCUAGCAGGGUUAUGUCUGGCGAUAUGUCAACUGGGAUCCGCCACCCAGAUGAUAUGCUACUUUACCAACUGGUCCCAGUACAGACCUGGUCAGGGGAAGUACACGCCACAAAAUGUGGAUCCCUUCCUGUGCACCACCCUGAUCUACGCCUUCUCCAUGAUCAACCAUGCCAACGAGCUGGUUACCUAUGAGUGGAAUGAUGACGUCCUCUACGAGUCUUUCAAUGGACUGAAAUCAAAAAAUCCUCAUCUGAAGACUCUUCUGGCUGUUGGCGGGUGGAACUUUGGUUCUACACAGUUCUCUGUCACGGUGUCCAAUCCAGCCAACCGCCAGAAGUUCAUCCAGUCUUCAAUCAAAUUCCUGAGGACUCAUGGGUUUGAUGGUCUGGAUCUGGACUGGGAGUACCCUGGAUCUCGUGGAAGUCCUCCUGAGGAUAAAGAACGGUUCACUCUGCUCUGCAGGGAGCUCAGGGCUGCCUACGCUGCUGAGGCCAAGGCCACCGGCAACCCUCAACUCAUGGUGACUGCUGCAGUGUCUGCUGGGAAGGGAACCAUCGAUGCUGGAUUUGAGAUUGCUGAAAUUGCCAAGGAACUGGACUUCAUCAAUGUAAUGACCUACGACUUCCAUGGAACUUGGGACAAGUUCACUGGACACAACAGCCCACUGUUCCGCGGAUCCAUGGACACUGGUGAACUCAUCUAUUUCAACACUCACUUUGCCAUGCAGUACUGGAAAGAGAAAGGCACCCCAGUGGAGAAGCUGAUGAUGGGUUUCGCUACCUAUGGUCGUACCUUCCGUCUGACAACAUCAGAGAAUGGUGUUGGAGCUCCAGUUAGUGGCCCUGCAUCAGCCGGACCAUACACACGUGAAGCUGGAUUCUGGGCCUACUAUGAGAUAUGUGGCUUCCUGAAGGGCAUCACCAUUCAGUGGAUUGAAGACCAGAAAGUUCCCUAUGCCACCAACAACAACGAGUGGGUGGGAUUCGACAACAGGGAGAGCUAUGAGACCAAGGUGCGUUACCUGCAGAAGGAGAAGUUUGGCGGUGCCUUUGUGUGGGCCCUUGAUUUGGAUGACUUUACAGGACAAUUCUGCGGAGAGGGCGUCAACCCUCUGCUGUCACAUCUCCGAAAACUUCUUAACAUUGAACUGCCCCCACUGCCCUCCACCACCACCGCCAAGCCUGGUGCUAGCACGACCUCCACCACCACCACAACCACCACCACCACCCACGCCCCAGGACCUGGCUUCUGCAACGGGAAACCUGACGGCCUGUACUCCAACCCAGACGACAAGAACAGCUUCUACUCGUGCGACAGGGGCGUCACCCACCCGAGCCACUGCGGAACGGGAACUGUCUUCGAUGACAGCUGCAAGUGCUGCAACUGGCCCUGAGCCCCCAGUGGAGGCAGAGUGCACUACAACUGAUGACAACUAAUAGACAGAAUGUUAAAGUUCUAUUGUAUCCACUGUGUGUACAAUCAUUGAUCUGAGACUAUCCUUAGUGGUGUAUUGAUACAUUGCAUCUUGUUAAAUAUGUAACAUACAAUGCAGAUUACAAACAGAAGCAUCAAGUAUUAUAAAUUGUGAUGACUCGUCAUUUCAAUAUACAGUACAUAUUCAUUUUAAAUGUAUUACUUUGCAAAAUCUAUUUUCUAUAUAUCUAACAAUGAAGAAGAGCAUCUAAACUGCAGAGUUUAGUUUAAUCUUGACACCAACAGCUGUUCAGGAACUUUGUACAAAUAAACCAAGAGGGGGUAACCAUGUGACCCACAAUGUAACACUCUUAUGUCCCCGCUACAGGUACAGAGGGCCAAUUCCAAAAAAUUAAUGAAUUUACCAUGUUUAUAUGAUGACAGGUUUUAACUGAAUUAUAUAUGGCAUUAAUCCAGGCUCUUACAUCAAAUGCUCAUACAGUAUUUUACCUUUUGUUGUUUCUUAGUCAGACCAGCGGUGAGUAAUCACAGCACCACAUGCAGUUGAGACUGCGGACAUGAUUAUUAUCAUAGACAUGAUUAUUGCCCUGAUACUGAUGGGAUACUUUGGGUCAGUCAGGAAUAAAGAGAGGUUCAAACAGAGGGAGGGAACCUUUCACACUCAUUCAUAGUAUAUGAAAGCAGUUGAACAUAGUGAUCAGUUAACCCACCAGAGCCCAAAGAAAUACAAAAACAAACUUCACUGUCGUUGAUAAGUGAAAAAGUUGGUGUUAAAGGUCACUGAGUCACUGGUCGUAAGAGGCCUGCAUGUUUUUAGUGUGUGUUGAUUUAAGGAUUUUUAACGAAAAUUAAGAACAUGUUGAGUAAACACUCAUAUCAUUACCUAAUAAAGUUACGAUUGUAUUAA